UUCCAUUUUUCUGAAUGCCUAGUUUUCAGAAUCGGCACGAACUGGCUAUCAGGUGAAGAGCGAUCUCGGCUCGAAGCCGUGCAGCGCGACUGGCGCCUCAGCCGUCCAUAUAAUGCGAAUGCCACGAAUCGACCGUGGAUUCGUGCUCGCCAUCGUGAAAAUACCGCUCAAGAUGUCACAGUUGCUGCUCCGCCCUCUGCGAAAGAAGCUGGUACUCCAGUAACUGCUCUUAACAACGCUAUUGUGCCAGUUGUUACACAAACGAGCAUUUUUGAUCGUGCCAGGUAUGUUGCUUCUUUUUUUGGGAUAUGA